AUGGCAGUCCCACUCAAAUCAGGCUUCGAGCUCGACGACGACCCGGCAACCCCGCGCACCGACGCGACCGUCUGCUUCCGCGACCUCAUCCCGCACCCCGACCAUCCUCGUGUCGCUGGCAUCUCGACGCACGACGCACACAGUUGGUGCGCGUCGCGACGUGCAGUCCCCGCCCCAGCGUGGCUGAUCAAGCGGCUCGACGUCUCUAACCUGGAGCCAUAUGUGGGAUUCAGCGCCAACGGCAACCCUCUCCCCCAGAUCGCAUACAGCGACGACGAGGGUGCCCCAGUCAACGCGGCAGUAGAUGCCGUCAACGUCCUCCUGGAUGCCCUUCCAGACGAACUGAGGAGCCAAGUAGUGAGGGGAACCGUGGACAAUGACGAGUUCCGCGCCUGGUCUAAUCCCGAACUAUACGUCAAUCCUGGUGGUAUACGGCUUGACGAAACUAGCCCCCAAACCCAGGACCUCAUUCAUGACAUCCUACGCUCGUCCCUUUCCAAGGAAGGAUAUGAGAAAGUCAACGGGUGCAUGCUCACAAAUCACUUUCUGGGUCAACUCGUCAAUGGACCAAAGGUCCUCAAUCGGCACAGCUACAAUUUCCGGCUCUUCCUCCCUCCCUCUGGUCCCAGUCUCACUGAGCCUUGGGGAUACACCUUCUUUGGACACCACCUCUGCCUUGCUGUGCUCUUUUGCGGGCCGCGAAUGGUGAUCGGGCCGACGUUUAUGGGCGCCGAGCCGGAUCGGAUUGAUGUUGGACCUCAUGCGGGGUUACGGCUGUUUAAAAGGGAGGAGAUUGGGGGCCUGAAUCUCACGCGCUCGUUGAGCGCGGAGAACCAGAGGCGCGCGCAGAUUUACGAGGGGAUGACGUGUGAUGAGGGGUUGCCGGCGGACCAGUGGAACCCGUUUGACGAGCGUCACCUCGCCGGCGCGCGCCAAGACAACCGCAUCGUACCCUACGACGGUCUCCCCAUAUCGUCCAUGACACCCAACCAACGGGAGGAGAUCUACGCCCUCAUCCAGGCAUUCAACAUCUACCUCCCCGCCGGUCCGCUUCAAGCCAAGAUGCGGCGCGUCCGUUCCUUCGAGGACCAGACGUAUUUCGCGUGGAUAGGCAAGUAUGGUCUCGGGGACCCGUAUUAUUUCCGCAUACACAGUCCGGUCGUGUUCUGCGAGUUUGACUUUCAUUGUGGGAUCUUCCUCACCAACACGUCCCCGGCGAAAUGUCAUAUCCACACGGUGAACCGCCUCCCAAACUGCGAGGAUUACGGUAAAGCGCUCGUCGCGCAGUGGCGGGAGGGAGGGUGUGUGUAG